AACGCCACUGUUCUUAGCAGUUCAAGAGUCCUAAGAAGUUGAUUUUCCCGAGCGGACCUCAGGAUCCACUUGGUCAAAUUGUCAACCGGAGGCCACCAUCCCGCUGCGUCCCAGCCUGUCUUACAGGUCCCGAGGAUGCCGUUUUUCCCCGGCCACUGCAGCGUCUCGAUUGAGAUCGUCGGGGACACGCUCGGCGUCCUCUUCAACUCCUCGCGCCUCUUGAAUGCCCGCGGAGACGCGACGCCCGCUGUUUCAUUCUACGUCUACAACUGGAAAACUGGAAAACUAAAAUUCACACGUACGGCGAACGGGCCCCAUUAUAACGCGUUCUGCUUCCUCUCGCCAGACGUGAUCGUUCUACCGAACAUCACCGCCCGCUCGCUGGAGCUCUGCUCACUCAGCGUGCCCGAAGGCUCCUCCGAGGACCCGGCGCCGCUGCAGACGCUCUGCAGCCUCGCGCUGCCCCGCAUCACGUCCAGCACGCUCCUGCACCGGAUCUGGUGCCGCGCCGAGCCGAACGCGCUCGCGACGUGCAACGGCACCUUCGCCGACGCGCCGUUCUUCAGCGACCCCGCGCGCGCGGUGAUCAUCUUCAACGUCGUCGCGCAGGACCUGCUGAACGGCACGCUGCACUACCUGUCCCUCGUCGUCCACCGCUCCUCGCUCCUCGCGCGCCUCGAGCUCGCUCCCCAAGUCUCGCCGGCAUCGUCGCCGGCGAUGCAGCCCCCGCACGUGGAGUGGGCGGAGUGGGGCCCGCCCGUGUGCGUGUGGCUCGACGGCGACGGGCUCGCGAUCCGCUGGAUCACCGUCACCUGCGGGCAGCGGCUCGUCGUCAUGAGCCGGGAGAGCCCCGCGCCCAUCCUGGUCUACGACUUCAAUCCGCGCGGGGUCGCCCGCCGGACGAACAUGGCCCGUGCGCGGGGACGGCUCAUCCGGGAGUCGGCGCACAGCGACCUGGAGUGCUAUGACGGCGCGGCGAAGACGGUGUUUUUGCGGCGCGCGGCGCUGCUGUCGACGGUGUUUGAGGAGCCGGUGCGGUCCGAGAUGGGGUACAGCGUGACGGAGACGAUUGAGGAGUAUGACUACGAGAGCGUGAUGAUGGACGAGGGAGUUCUGAUCGGCGUGCGGCUGGACACUGAGGCGGACAAUAUCGAGAGUCUGGUGCUGCAUGCGGUCGGGCCUGUGGCGUGAAUUGUAGAUCACUGUGAUGCACCAGUAAUGUGCUGAUCCUCGGGUGGUCGCCAGCAGCCCCUUACUCAACUCAUUUGUGAUUCAGAUGUCAACAAGUAGCUCUACUAGGAAUCAAUGGAACGUCGUGCACUCUCAUCGGGACUACCUGUCAAGCGGCUCAGUGUGCUAGGGACAGAAAGAGGAUGUCAAUCAAGUUCAGAUUUCAAAUCCCGCGAGCCAUCG